GGUAAUUCGUUUUCGACGCAAUGCAUUGUGGGACAGUGAGUAAAGAUGGCGGCGUCCACAUGCAUCCAAAAUUUCCAAUAACAUAGCUUUUCAAGCCUCAGUCUUCACUUAUACCAAUUAUUGAAAUAACAUAUUCGUUCUUCUUUGGGAUUCAAAGACGGGACGAGAUGUUUGGUGUGGGAGUUUUGCUGCGAGCUGGAGCCUACCUUUGUCGGUCGACCGGGGCUCUGCUGGAUUCAGCGAAAACCUUCUCCACUGGUACGAGCUGCCUCAUAAGGAUGCACGCCAUCCCCAAGCCGAAAGUAGUGGACAGAUGGAAUGAGAAAAGGAGCAUGUUUGGAGUAUAUGACAACAUCGGAAUCCUAGGGGAUUUUAAAGCCCACCCCAAAGACCUUUUCAUCGGUCCUUCCUGGCUGAAGGCGUUCAAAGGCAACGAGCUGCAGCGUCUCAUUAGGAAGAAGAAGAUGGUGGGAGACAGGAUGAUGACUCUGGAAAGACACAACUUGGAAAAGAGGAUCCGAUUCCUCUACAGACGUUUUAACCGUACUGGAAAACAUCGCUAAGACAUGACAUGGGAAUCAGACCAGCUUGUGUUUGUUUUGUCUUUUAGAAGUUGUAUGCAUAUGAUUAAAACUAGUAUUGACAAGAU